CUUCAUGAUCAUUUCGUCAGUUUGUCAAAGUUAGAAAGACCCAGUGAUACCUCAGACAUAUCAACAACAUGGCGACGGCAAACGUGACAUGGGAGCAGUAUACAACUCUUCAACAGAGUUUGGAUGACCUUAAAGUUAACCUGGAUCAGUUCUUCCUGGUAGUAAUGGGCAUGGUAGUUUACUUGAUGCAAUGUGGUUUUGCCUUCCUGGAAGCUGGUGCCGUACGGAGCAAGAACUCCACUAACAUAUUGAUCAAGAAUCUUAUGGACUCCUUUGUGGCCGGCAUAGCGUACUGGACAAUAGGGUAUCCCCUGGCGUAUGGUUCGGGCAACAGUUUUAUCGGCUUUUCCUACUGGGCAUCUGAUGGUCUGCCGGACACAGAGUACGCCAGUUUUUUCUUCCAGUACGUUUUCGCCGCCACAGCUGCCACCAUAGUGUCCGGCGCCAUGGCCGAGAGAUGCGAGUUCAUUGCCUACUUCGUCUACAGCUUCUUCAUAACAGCCGUUGUGUACCCUGUCGUCACUCACUGGGUGUGGACAUCUGAUGGUUGGUUGGCCGCCGGCGGAACAUAUGGAAACAUUACUGCCAGCUAUCAGGACUUCGCUGGCAGUGGUGUGGUACACAUUCUUGGGGGAACUGCUGCCUUUUGUGGGGCUGUCAUGCUUGGACCAAGACUUGGCCGAUUCCACCCCGACCAGCGAGGGCCGAUCGAUCUCCGAGGACAUUCAGUUCCUCUGGCCGCUCUUGGGGGAUUCAUAUUGUUGUUUGGUUUCCUGGCCUUCAAUGGGGGCUCUGCUCUAAUGAUCUCCGGUGAAGGUAGCGGCGCUAGCAUCAGUGUCUCUGUUGUCAACACCAUCAUCUCUGGUUCCAUGUCAGCUUUUGUCUCCCUCUUCAUCCACAAGACUGGGUACUUUGGGACACGCCACUGGAGCCUCCUUAGCACCAUGAAUGGCGCCCUCACAGGCAUGGUGGCAGCCUGCGCUGGGUGUAACGUCCUCUACCCUUGGGGGGCCCUCAUCGUCGGCUUCUUCGCCGGCAUCUCGUACAAAGUUUGGUCCAGUUUCAUGCACAGAUUGAAAGUCGACGAUCCUUUGGACGCGGUGGCAGUUCAUUUCGGUGGCGGUUUGUGGGGAGUCCUUUCUGUGGCGUUUCUGAAAAGAGAGGAGGGCAUACUCUUUGCCUGGGACAAGAAAUCAGGUUUGAUUUUGGCGUGGCAGAUUGUAGGCGUUGCCGCCAUUACUGCAUGGACAGCAAUACUGUGUCUCGUCAUGUUCGGCAUUCUCCGGCUGCUCGGUAAACUUCGGGUGGACGAGGCUUUGGAACGGAAAGGACUUGACAUCCCUAAGCACGGCGAGCCAGCGUACCCCAUGGAGUCGUACGGGCAUGGCUGGGUGGAGCGAAUCCUGAAGGUGCUGGAGGACGGUAGACUGUCGGAGAUAAAGCAAGUUGUUCCUGGUAUUGACAACGAGGGGUACAAAAAUGAUGAAAAUCAUUUAAUCGGCUUUGACUCCCCGGAAGUGGAGGUGAUGAAUAACAGCAGGAUCAAGACAACCAAACAUCCCCUCCCAACCAAAAACGGUGCUCCGCGUGAUCUCGUCACCACGCAGAUGUAGAUGGGGCUGCUUCAGUGACUUAGAUCCCUGCCCCGAACUGCACAUUUCAAGGUGGACAAGUUUUGCCCAGAUGGGCAGUGACUCGAUAUGGUCACAUCGAAGUCUCAAGGCUGAGGCAUCUACUUUAAAACGAACGUUCAAAAGCCGCAUGUUUGUUGACUAAGGCGGGGAAGGGGUUUCAAAAUUGUAUAUAGGAAGAACAUUCACGAUUCAGUGUAGAGAAUUCCACGUAUUGCAUACAUUUUAUGAUUUUGGAGAUAUUAAGACUGUGGCGUACUUCAAUGGGAAUUUAUAAGACAGAAUGGACAUACACUUGGUGACAGACCCGUAAUCCACGGAACAAUAAUCAGGAGAGUAAAUUCAUCUGUUUCCCACAUGUAACUCAAGUAAUUUUAAAUUUGGCACUGUAACAGUUAACAUUUUCAAAUAUAUAUACGUUUCACACUUUGCUAAGGAUCAAAUCGUGGAUUCAAGACAAUACUAUGAUGUGGGUUUAAAUUUGGUUAAAUAUCUAAGCUUAUUGUAAGCAUGGAUCCUAGGUUCAGUAUGUCAUUUCAUCUUGUGGAACCCAUACCUGCAAUUGACAGGUGUUGUGUACUUGUCAAAGACUCAUCCCAUGAUUUUCAAAAUGGUUUAUUGGUGCCAUGAAAACCGUUUUGAUGGCUACUCAUGUAUCAAGUGCAUAAGUUA